UGACACUUCCUCUUUGUACACCAGCUACCGUCCGUGCACAGCCUGUGCGGAGCGUCUCUCUGUGAACUACUCUUAUUCUCGUCGUUCCCAGAGUCCAGCUGCUACUUAAAGAUGAACACGGUUCUGUCCAGAGCCAACUCUCUGUUCGCCUUCUCCCUGAGCGUCAUGGCGGCCUUAACCUUUGGAUGUUUCGUCACGACCGCUUUCAAAGACAGAAGAGUUCCUGUGGACAUCCACGUCUCUAAAGUCAUGCUGAAGAAUGUGGAUGACUUCACAGGACCCAGAGAGCGCAGUGAUCUGGGUUUCAUCACCUUUGACCUCUCAGCUGAUUUGCAGCCAAUUUUUGACUGGAACGUGAAACAGCUGUUUCUCUAUCUGUCCGCUGAGUACGGCUCGAAGAGCAAUUCUCUGAACCAGGUGGUGCUGUGGGAUAAAAUUGUUCUUCGAGGUGAAAACACCAAACUGAACCUCAGAGACAUGAAAUCCAAAUACUUCUUCUUCGAUGACGGGAAUGGACUACGGGCCAAUAAGAACAUCACUCUGACGCUGUCAUGGAACGUCGUUCCCAACGCGGGAGUCCUGCCUCUGGUGGCUGGAAGUGGACAAGUCAGCCUCCCUUUCCCAGAUUCAUACGAGAGCACCAAGAGCUAUUAGUCAGACUCUCACACACACACACACACACACACACACACACACACACAGUAUGCUCGUGUUUCUUCGUAGAUGUGAAUGAAUUUUUGGUUUGUAAUAAAAGCUGAGUUCGGAACAUUGGUGUGUUUGACAGGAUCUUUUAAAAAUAGCAAGAGCAAGUACACUGCUGAUAAAGGGUCAGUCCACCCAAUCACAAAUACCUGUUGCCACUCAUUUUAUGUGCAGAUAUUAAUGGUUUUGGUUUCCCUUUUUAGAACAUGAAUCGAUUGAAAAGUGCAGAGCUACGAACAGCUUCUGUACACUCUGAAAUACCAAUAUCUAAAAUGUGUGCUAAUACUGUUUGUUGGGUUUUUACUUUGAAUUUACCAGCCCAGCUCAGAAUUUAGUCUUUUCACUGGUUCUGGGAUCCACUGUUUACAGCGUCAGUGAAUGGAUUCAUGGUGUAUAUGAAAAAUUAUAUUUGGUUUGUAAUAAGUUACUCAGUCUCCCA